UCCUAAGCAAUCUCUUGGUGGCUGGUGUGAGGGGAAGACCCUCUACACUACUUCUCUUUAUUGUUCGAUCGACUACUGAUGGUUGCGGCUUGCGAACGACGUCAUCUCUGGAAAUGAAGCUUGGAGUUAGAUGUGAUGACAGGGAGGGAUGACAGAUGGAAGAAACAAGAGGAAGAUGCUUGAUGUGCAGUGGGGAGUUGAAGUUGCAGAACUGCAAACGGGUAGCUGCUGCGAGUGUCCAACCAUGGAUAGCUUCCUACGACGACACGAGUUAGAAUCGCUGAGGAGCACAAUGCUGAAGCAUGAAGAGGUCUUCAGACAUCAGGUGCAUGAACUGCAUCAACUGUACAGAGUUCAGAGGAUGCUGAUGGCUGAGCUGAGGAGCGAAGGGCUGAAGCUUCGGUAUCUCGCCAAUGCAACUCUGAGCACGACGACGGACGCAGCCACCACCAGACUGUGGAGCAGUACAUCUACCGUCACCAACGUGCAUCAGAGGAAGGUGAGCUCGAUGGAGCUCAACCUCUGCUUCGAUCUCGAGCAGCCUGGCGAAGCAGUGGCCGCCGAGGAACGGUCGACGGCCGCCGGAAAACACCGGGAAGAAGAGAGGAGCAGCGGAGGACGUCGUAAAUGGAUGGAUGAUGAGAGUGGCGUUGAGCUUACACUCAGCAUAGGACGUGGCGGUGGUAAGAAUCCAUGAAGGCUGCUCGCAGGUGGUCGCAUGGACGAAGCUAUUAGCGUUCCACAUGUGUUCUACAGAUUCGGACCUUCCACAGAUUGAGUUAAUCCAAAUAUACUGGAUUUGUUGUUAAGGAUCGAAUAAAUUGGACGAUAUAUAUAUGUUGGAUUAAAUAGAGUUUGACUAA